UGUACGCGGGCAUCGUUUGAUACUAUCCGCCGCGAGCACUUACUUCGAGAACCUUUUCAAUGGCGAUCAAGGCUUGAAUCAAAAACAAGUUAUCGAAAUAAAUGAUAUCGAUAGCGAUAUUUUUGAGCGUUUAUUAACAUUUUGCUACACCGGCCAGGCGCUGAUUACUGUUAACAAUGUCGCUGCAAUGAUAAAGGCGGCAAUUGUUUUGCAAUUGGACGAUGCCAUAACCAGUUGUGUGCGCUACAUUAUGACGCAUAGCAAUGAAUAUACAUUACGUGGUGCCUAUACACUAGAGCGUGAAACUCAAUGUGAACUUCUUAAUAAGAAUAUUAUCGAUUACGAAAUACAGAAUUUCCUGGAG